AUGAAUUGUAAGGCUUAAUAAUAAGAUUAAAAGUCUGAAAAAGCCACAAUAACUUAGGAUAGUUAAAAAGAGAGACAAUUUAUAAUUUAAACUUGGAAGAGUUAGAAUAAAUAAAAGUCUAAGAUAAAUUAUUCGUAAGAUAAGUUAUAAACAUAAAGUAAAUAUGCAAAAAUAUAAAUCCUUUUUGAACAAAAGAAAUCUAUCAAUCUUACUUCAGAACGUUCUACUUAAAUGUCAACAGAAACAGAUUUAUUUAAUGAUAAAAUCAUUGUUAAAAAUUAAGAAAGAAUGAAAAUUAUACAAAAAUUAUAGGAAAUUCGUUUACAAAAUGUUCUAAUGAAAUAAAAAACAAAGUCUUCAAAUGAUCUUUAUAAAGAAUACUAAUAAGAAUAAAAUAAAAAAUUGGAUACAUAAAAUGUUAUCCUCUUUGAGAAAUUAAGAUAGUAUUCAUAUAAUUUAUAAGUAAAGCUGCAAAAAUGAGAUUGAUCAAUAAAAACAAAGUUUAUUAAAUGGUGAGAUAAAUUUGUAGGAAUAGUAAAAGGAAUUAGAGAUUUUGAAAGAACAAUUAUAAUUCGUUAAAGAUUCGAUAUUAUAAAUAAAAAAUUAAAAUAUGGACAGAACCAAAGAAUUAAGUUGUAAAUUGUAAAUAAAUUAAAUCAAAGAAAAAUAGUUAUUAACACAAAUGGUAUAAUAUAUUGAAUCUUUAUAAGAUCAAUAUAAUAAACAUUUAUAUGAAUUUAGAGAUUACUUAUUAUAAUUAAAGCAUAACAUUAAUUCAAUAAGAAUGGAUUAAGAAUAUGAUAUAAAUUAAUGA